AUGGAUUCCGCCUCAAUUGCAGACCUGGACAGCAACGCUUCCUUCGACUUGCAUGGUGGUGUCAUGGCCACUCACCAUCACUCUUCGGAGUACGACAAUGAGUCUUUGACUGAAGAGGAGGACUCAGACGAUGAAUUCGAGCCCUCUGAAUUCGUUACGCUAGAGAAGGCAAUUACGAACAAGCCGAAGAGAAAGAUGAUCGCCAGGAGCAGAAACUCUCGACAAUAUGUUGAGAGAAUAGUCAACCGCAAACUCACAGAAAAAUUGAAAGUUGAGAUUCGGAAGGAACUCUCGAAGAAGAGGACCUACAAUGACGAGGACCUCGAUGUUGUGCCUCCUAAGGCGAAGAAGCCAAGACGAACGCGGGAGAUAAAUGCGCCAGAAUCAUCCACCGACCCUUUUCCCGUCAGUCAAAUGACAAGAGUCUCAAAUGCACAGAGGCAGAAAGACAUCUCUCUAAAGAGAAACGCCGGAACGAAUAACCGUCGUAGCGGUACCCAGAGCGAGGAUCUUGGAGAAGCCAUUAAAAUCUUCGGCUACGGAAGCGUAGAGUGCUUCCAAGAUGGCAAGAGCAGGCGUUACCGCCUGAAGGGCAUGGCUCAAACCACGAAGCUUUUUGAAUGGCAGCUCAGCCCUGUCGCGUGGAUAGUGAAGAGGGAAAACGGUCUGGCGCCACCCUAUGGAGGCGUCCUUGCUGACACUAUGGGCAUGGGGAAGACGCUCAUGUCCCUUGCCUGUGUCGUGGGUAAUCCGCCUCCCGAGGCAGAUUCCCAGGGAUUCUCUGGGGCGACGCUAGUCGUCGUUCCCAAGGAUUCUGUUGCCCGUCAAUGGCAUGAACAGAUCUUGCAGCAUGUCAAUUGCAUCAGACCCGAAGAAGUCUAUUAUUACAAGAAACGUCAUCACGCAGCCUCCGGCGGAGACAUAUCGCGUUACAAGAUCGUCAUAACCACAUAUCAGGAACUGCUCAACUAUCCUUCCGAGGACGCGAUGAAGAAGUUGAAGGAAGAGUUCCAGGGUGAAGAGUUUGACAAAGCCUUCAAAGCUGCAGCUGGUGAGGUCUUCUCCGUGAAGUGGUUUAGAAUCAUAUUCGACGAAGCCCAUGAGAUGAAGAACAUCGCCACCAAGACCUUCAAAGCCUGCUACGCGCUAACGAUGAGACACGUUUGGCUCAUCAGUGGCACGCCCCUGAUCAACGGAGGAGUCGAAACAUUUCCCUAUGUCAAGGUCCUACGCGUUGAAGGCAUGGACGAGCUCAAGGCAUUCAAGAAGGCCUUCCUGAAUGGAGGAUCCUCCGUUGCACUGGAUGCCCUGAUCAAUACUUGCACUUACCGGAGGACGAUUAACGACGAGUUCCUAGGGGAGAGAAUCAUGAAAGAUCUGAUGCCAUUUGAGUCGGAGGUGAGGUGGGUGAAGCUUUCCGAGCAGGAGAGAUUUCUCUAUGAUGAAAUGACCCUAGCCUACAACGAGUCAGAUGCAGCAGCAUCAGUGAUGUAUUAUUUGUCUCGCCAAAGACAGCUGAUUUCUCAUCCUUACGGGAUUGAGAUAGCUUUUCAGACCGACUUCGGCGAAGAAAAGCUCGCUCACAUAAGCAAUGGCCUGAAGACAAUCGAGCUAGACGCCCCAACGAAAGAGCACUUGUCACUGUCAUCCCUCCUUGAAUAUACCCGAUCCGGAAUUCUCAUGAAUGACAGGGAAUGCGGCAUCUGUGGUACGGAGAGCAUGAAGGAGGUCUGGAUCAUCGAUAAGUGCGACCAUACGUUUUGCUCCGAUUGCAUCACCAAGACAUGGCGUUUCCGCGCUCAAGCCGACAUCUGUCAGCACAAGGAUUGCAACCUUCCUUACGACAGAGAGACCGAUGUACGGAGAGUCUUGACUCUCUCUACCAUGGAGUCAGAGUGUGAUCGCCUAGAUGAAGAGGAGGCCGCCGCCCGUGCAGAGCCCUCAGACCAGACUCUGUCUGGCAAGUCAGCGAAGAAGAAGAAGAAGAAGAAGAAGAAGAUCGUGGCCAAAUCAGCGCAGUCCACCAGGGAUAAGCAGAAGAAGUUGUUCUUGAGCAAAAAAUACGGCAGCGAUUGUAAUGGGGUCACACCUACGUUGGACAAAGGUGAUCUCGCCUUCAUAAAGCUGGCCAUGCGCGCAAAUGGCGGCUCUCUGCCUUUGAGUUCCAAGCUCACUGUGGCACGAGACCUCAUCUUGGAGUAUCAGAAUGAAAGGAUCCAAGUUGGAGACGACUUACAGAGCCCGAAGAUCAUUGUCUUCCACGAGUUUACGAAGACUGCGUUAGCGGUGGGAAUCACCCUCAACGCCCUCGGCAUCCCAUUCGUCUACCUCAAUGGCAAGGUGACCUCCGCACAGAAGAACAAGGCUAUCGCGGCCUUUCAGGAAAACAAGGACGUCAAAGUCAUGAUCUCAUCUUACAGGACUGGCGGACAGGCGCUCAAUCUGACAUGUGCGAGCAAGAUCAUACGCAUAGACGCCUGGUGGAACGAGUCGGUCGAAAAGCAGGCCGAUGCCCGGGUCCACCGCGUUGGCCAGACGCAGGUCACUUCCUCAGUGGUCAUCAAGGCUGAGAACACGGUAGACAACUAUAUUGUCCGACUUCAAGCCGAGAAGUCAAAGGAAAUCGCGCACAUCCUCCAAGAUGACGCGCAUGGAACUCAACUUUACAGUGAGCUGGAAUUGAUCAAGUUGACCGCGCCGCACAAGUACAAGGAGCUGGUCCGCACGGGACUGGCCGUUAUUAGGAAGGAAGAUGAGGAAGCGGAGAGGCUCUAA